AUGGCGUCCAAACCCCACGUCGUCAUCUUCCCCUUCAUGGCUCAAGGCCACACCAUUCCUAUGCUGGACCUUUCAAAGGCCCUCAGCUUCCGAGGGCUCAAGAUAACCAUCAUAACCACCCCUUCAAACUCCUCCUUCGUCAUCUCCUACGUUUCACAAUCCUUAAACAACAACAUCCAUCUCAGAGAAAUCCCAUUCCCCCACGCCCACCAACUCCCCAAAGGCUGCGAAAACACCUCCCACCUUCUCUCCCCCGACCAGCUCCUCCCAUUCCUCGCAGCAACAAAACAGCUCCGACCACCUUUCGAGCAGGCUCUCAGAGACAUGUCCAAGCUUCCGGACCCACCAUGUUGUGUUAUUUCCGACACUUUCUUGGGGUGGACCAACGGAUCCUGUCGGGCUUUCGGAAUCCCCCGGCUGGUUUUUCAUGGGAUGGGGGUGUUUGCAAUGGCGGUGAAGAAAUCUUUAUCCAUCCACCAAAACCACAACAAGUGUUUGAUGAAGUCGUCGUCCGACACGGAACAUGUCGACGUAACAGGACUAAUGCAGCUUCGAUUUCCGCUCACAACAGCGGAUUUGCCGGAUUCCCUUAGGCAGAUGGAUAGUUGCUUGUCGGAGUUCUUUGUAGAGGCUGAGAAAUCUGAUUUGGGAAGCUGGGGUGUGAUUGUUAAUAGCUUUAUCGAGCUAGAAAAAGACCAUGUUGCCCCAUUGGAGUGUUUGUACGGGAAUGAGAGUACCAGGGCAUGGUGCGUCGGUCCAUUAUUUUUGUAUGAUGAUCAAAUGGAGGGAGGGAGAAAUUAUCAUGAGGAGGAAAUUGACAGUUUUUUGAAGCUGCACGAGCAAGAAGAAAAAUCAGUGAUAUAUGUGGCAUUUGGGUCGCAGGCCGAUUUGUCAGACACCCAGCUUGAUGAAUUGGCUUAUGGGCUGGAACAAUCCAGAGAAAAUUACAUCUGGGUUGUACGAUCAAAGACUUGGGACCCACCGAUCAAAGGGAGAGGACUGAUUACUAAAAAUUGGGUGGAGCAGAAACGGGUUCUGGGCCACCGGGCUAUUGGUGGGUUUUUAAGCCAUUGCGGAUGGAAUUCGGUAUUGGAGAGCCUGUCGAUGGGGGUUCCAAUAUUGGCGUGGCCCAUGCAAAAUGAGCAGCACCUGAAUGCCAAGUUCUUGGUGGAGGAGGUCAAGGCGGCGCUCCGGGUUCCGACGGUGGGCCGGGAACGGAAGGUUGUGAGGCGGGAAGUGAUUUGUGAAGCGGUGAAAGAGUUGAUGGGAGGAAGGAGAGGGAAGAAGGCAAGAGAGAAAGCAAUUGAGUUGGGGAAAUUGGCGAAGAGAGCAGUCCAGGUUGGUGGGUCUUCUUACAAGUGCUUGGAUGAGCUAAUUCACCAGCUUCCUCUUGAGAAUGCCAUCCAUCAUUGA